UUAGAUAGACAGUUUGGUCUCGAAACUGUUCAUGUCAUGGUUAACUGGUCUGCUCCUAAUACAAGAUUUCAUGAGCCCAUCCCGGGCCUUGGAUUCUGUCGGUUGCUUGAAAAAGCUGGUGAAAGGGUGUGCUUGAUUGAUGAAUUUAGAACAAGUCAUUGCUACCCAGCCUAUGAACGUAGAAGUCUUGAAACGUUUUGGAUGGUCGAUAACCCACGCUCUCAUAGAUGA